AUGCUGGUAGCCGCAAGAACGCCAGAAAACCAAGCCCACCGAGCCCAGGCGGUGUGGUACACACGCCUGAGCUCGGCCUUUCGGGCGGUGAUGGCAUGCACUAUAGUGGGCUGCACCACCCUCUAUGGUCCUCAGUCUCUCCGGACUCAACUUGCAUAUCCAGCUUUUUCCUACGUGACUGCCAUACUGAUUGUGUCCGACUCGACACUUGGUGACACCAUAAGGGGUUGCUGGCAUGCCCUGUAUGCUACAGUUCAGGUGGUGCCAGCUUCUAUAUUGUCCCUGUGGCUUGUGGGGCCUGCCUGGUUCUCGGCAGGCAGUGCCGCCCUAGGGGUGGCGGUGAGUGCUUUUGUGGUGGCGCUGCCGCAGUCCACACACUUGGUAUCUAAACGGAUUGCUUUCGGACAACUGGUUAUUGUGUAUGUAAGUGCUGUUAUACAUGGACAGCAAACUGGAGCCAUCAUUGACCCUGUUCGAGUUGCAUCGAGCACAGCCCUCGGGGCUGUGGCUUCCGUCGUGGCUUUGCUGCUGCCAUACCCACGGCUAUCCUAUUAUGAGGUCAGAAAGCUAUGCCGAUUAUAUGCUGAAAAUGCCUCAGAGAGGAUAUCUCUAUUUGUGAAGGCCUUCUCUGCCCAAGACAACUUGACUCCACUUGAGCUAAUCUCUCAGGGCAAGCCCUUAGCUGAAACAGGAGCCAAGCUUCUUGAAAACAUCGAACUCAUGCAGGAAGCUGUGCACUGGGAGAGAGUUCCUAUUAGACCUCAUUUCAUCAAUACAGGAGAUAGAUUGCAGGAGAUUGAAAUAUGGAUAAGAGGGAUGGAGAUGGCCCUAACUUCUGGCCCCUCCUUUCCCAUCAGCUUUAUUAAUGAUGAACUCAGGGAGGUUUUAGCGAGAAUAGAAGAACAACUUGGCCUAAAACUAGAGCAGGCUAAGUGCUUUCUGCCUUUAGAUGCAACUACAGCUCCAGAGACAAAGGGCGAAAAAUUAGACAUACCCCUCCAGCUCACUAAAACCAUCAUCCCAACUCACAAAGACCUACCUGCUUAUUUCUUCUUUUUCUGUAUAAAGUUCCUCCAACAUGACUCAACCAUCACUCAAAAUCCUGACCAUCUUUCAGAUAGCAGUUGGAAAACUAACACUGAAGAAUCAAGGAAUUCACAAGAAGAAGCUAAGAGUAACUUCGAAAGAAUCACCUGUGGCUGGAACUUGACACCAAGUAAUGAAAGACUUGUAUUUGCAAUCAAGUGUUCAUUUUCGCUGGGUCUGGCUGUGUUUUCCGGUCUGAUUUUCAACAAAGAAAAUGGGUACUGGGCAGGGCUCUCCAUUGCCAUCAGCUUCGCAACAGGAACACAACCAACAUUUACAGUUGCGAAUACACGAGCACAAGGGACAGCAAUGGGAUCAGUCUAUGGAGUUCUGGGUUGCUUCAUUUUUAAAAACUUUGCAGAGAUAAGGUUCCUACUGCUUCUGCCUUGGAUUAUUUUUACUAGUUUUUUAAGGCAUAGCCGGAUGUAUGGCCAAGCAGGCGGGAUUUCAGCAGUUUUAGGAGCACUACUGAUUUUAGGCAGAAAAAACUAUGGACCUGCGGAUGCAUUUGCCAUUGCAAGACUCACAGAGACCUUUAUCGGAUUAUUUUGGUUGAUCAUGGUAGAGCUUCUCAUCCAACCGAUGAGAGCCGCAACUCUGGUGAAAAAACAACUUUCUCUGAGCUUGGGGACACUUCAAGAUUGCAUAGAGCAAAUAGUUCCUCAUUCGAGCAAGGAAAAAAAUCCAGCUUUGAAUUUUCUAGCUCUAAGAAAGAAACAGAGGAAACUGAAAUCCCAAGUCAAUGACUUUGAGAAAUUCACAGAAGGUGCCGAGUUGGAGCCAGAUUUCUGGUUUUUGCCUUUUCGUCGUUCUUGUUACACUAAGCUCCAUGGGUCUUUGUCCAGGAUGGUAGAUCUAUUACAGUUUAUGGCUUAUAUUAUGGAAUUCCUUCUACCAGUGUUUCAGAGUUGUGGUGUUACUUGGAGAGAGCUCCAGGAACACCUGAACAAUGAUUUAGAGCUUUUCAAGGAAAAUAUAAGCUCUUCACUACAAUAUCAGGAAAAGAUCACUUUGAUCAAAUUGCUUGCAGUCUUCCAGAAAGAACUGCAAGAGGACAAAACGUUCAAUGACCUCGAGUCAGGGAAAUUGCCGCCUGCAAAGAGGCUUAGCAUUUGGACUACAGGUGAUGAGAAGGCUGAGCAGAUCUUAAAUUCUUUUCUUCAACACUCACAAGAGAUAAUUAACAAAAUCCAUAAUGAUGAUGGUGAUGAGGUGCUUGAAGGCAAAAUGGUUCUUUGUUUGAGUGCCUUUGGGUUUUGCAUGAGUGGUUUGAUGAGAGAAACUAGAGAGCUGGAAAAAGGAAUAAUAGAAUUGGUUCGAUGGGAGAAUCCUUAAAGCCAGAUUGAUUUCUCCAAGAUUUUCUGUAAGAUUCAUCCAAUUGUACCUAUAGUAAAACUGUGG